UUUAGAGCAGUAGGCUUUUUUGUGGCCCGUGUGUUCAUUACGUGCUGAACAGUGGACAUUAUGUUCGGCUUUUUGUUGGAUGGUUAUGUGUCUAUCAUAGUUUUGUUGAUAACGUUUUGUCUGUAUCUUUAUUGGGGUACGAGGCGACCGCCUGGUCUUCCGCCAGGACCGACUCCCCUCCCUAUGAUUGGUAACAUACCCUCGUUACUAGCAACAGACACAAUAGCAGCCUUCGCGCGCCUCAGAGAUGAAUAUGGUGACAUUUUCAGCCUUGUUAUCGGUAAUGGAGUAUUAGUUGUCGUCAAUGGUUACGACACCAUAAAAGAAGUGCUUGUACAGAAUGGAGACCUAUUUUCAGAACGACCCCAGAAUCUUGGUUACACUAAAGCUACUAAAGGUUUAGGAAUUAUCAGUACCAAUGGAGUUAAAUGGAAAGAACAAAGAAGAUUUGCUCUGAGUACUUUGAGAGAUUUCGGAAUGGGUAGAGUUCAGAUGUUCGACAGAAUAACGAAUGAAUGUCAGAAAUGUUUGAAUAACUUUGCAAAACAAGAUGGCCGACAUUUUGAUCCCGAUCAAGUGAUAGGGGUGUCAGUUUGCAAUGUUAUAUGUAAUGUUGUGUUUGGCAAAGGCUAUGCUCAUGAUGACCCCGAAUUCUUAACUUAUUUAGAAAUGAUGCAUAGCGAUGCCAAGAAGGUGGGCAACACGGCUUUCAUGCACUUCUUCCCACUACUUCAAUUUUUUGUUCACCGAUCUCUGAUGAAAACGGAUAAUGCGAUUCGAAGAGGUUUUAUCGCCACACAAGUUCAAGAACACCAACAAACGUUUGAUGAAAAUAACUUGAGAGAUUUUGUGGACGUUUUUCUUAAACAAAUGGAAGAAAGAGAAUCCGAAGAAAUGCCAACGUUUCAUUAUGAAAAUUUACUUCAAAUUGUCGGUGAAUUCUUCUUCGCCGGAACUGAAACAACAACGACAACAUUAAGAUGGGCGAUACUUUUUCUCGCUCUUCAUCCUGAACAGCAAACAGUGGUGCAAGAGGAAAUAGACAGAGUUAUUGGCCGUGACCGGAAACCAACAGCAAAUGACAGGAGGUCAUUACCAUUAACGGAGGCCACCAUUUUGGAAGUUCAGCGUCUUGGUGACGUAGUACCACUCUCUGUACCACAUGCUGUUGCCGAGGAAACAGUAAUUAAUGGUUACCGUAUUCCAACCAACGCAAUUAUUUUACCCAAUCUCUCGUCGGUUCUCAAUAGCAAGGAAUUGUGGGGUGACCCGGAAGUAUUUCGGCCAGCUAGAUUUUUGGACAGCGAAACAAAACUGUUAAAAGUUGAUGCUCAUAUUCCAUUUUCAUUAGGAAAACGGAUGUGUCUUGGGGAAUCUCUAGCUAGAAUGGAACUGUAUAUCUUCAUGACCAUGAUGCUGCAAUCUUUUACAUUUAGUUUACCGGAUACAGAGCCGAUUCCAUGUUUACGGGGUGUUCUGGGUAUAACUAGAAUGCCUCAUCCAUAUAAUAUCAUUGCGACCAAACGUUAGAGGAUGUAUUGUCAAAGGAGGAAUAACGGUAUCAAAAUGACUGAUGUCAUUGACGAAAUGGUUAUACAACGGUAUACUUACGUCACUUCCACCUGCUAGUAUACAUAGAUCAUUCCCGUUCGCUCUAAAACAUCACUUAUUUUAUAGAGAAUAAACACUACGUUUUGUUACACAACAUUCUUAGUCUAUGUAAAAUGGCUCAAUCUAUUUGUUAAGGCCAGCUCAAUUUUUGUCAAGGUCGCUGAGAUGUAAACUGUUACCCGUUUCCAUUUUUUUUCAUUAUUUAUAAAUAUAAAAUGAUCGAGAUUAAAAUCUGCUUAACAUGUCAA